CUCCAAGAGAUACUAUUGCAACCCGAAGAAGAAGUACAACCUCGAGUACUACAUGAACUGUGUCGACAAGAUCGUUGAAAUGGGUGCUCACAUUCUUGGUAUCAAAGACAUGGCUGGUGUGUUGAAGCCAAAGGCCGCCACUCUGCUCGUUGGCACCAUCCGCAAGAAGUAUCCAGAUCUUCCGAUCCACGUCCACACCCACGACUCUGCUGGUACUGGUGUAGCGUCCAUGGUUGCCUGCGCCCAGGCUGGCGCCGAUGCCGUUGAUGCUGCAACUGACAGCAUGUCUGGAACCACCUCUCAGCCAAGCAUUGGUGCCAUCGUUGCUUCUCUCGAAGGCAGCGAAUUCGAAUCUGGACUGAACCCAGUCCACUUGCGAGCAAUCGAUUCGUAUUGGGCGCAGGUUCGCAUGCUGUAUUCGCCAUUCGAAGCUUGGUUGACUGGGCCGGAUCCGGAAGUCUACGAGCACGAAAUUCCUGGAGGUCAGCUCACCAACUUGAUCUUCCAAGCUGCACAACAAGGUCUUGGCGAGCAGUGGGCACAGACCAAGAAGGCCUACGAGCAAGCCAACGACAUCCUCGGCGACAUCGUCAAAGUCACACCCACUUCCAAGGUAGUUGGUGAUCUUGCACAGUUCAUGGUCGCGAACAGCUUGACCUACGAUGAUGUGCACGAGAAGGCAGAAGAGCUUGACUUCCCAUCUUCGGUCCUUGAGUUCUUCGAAGGAUUGAUGGGUCAGCCUUACGGAGGCUUCCCAGAACCGCUCCGAUCCAAGGCUCUCCGUGAUCGCAGAAAGAUGGACAAGCGACCAGGCCUCUAUCUUGAUCCGGUCAACUUCGACAAGGUCCGUGAGACACUGAAGGAGAAGUAUGGUGGCUGCUCCGAGACCGAUGUAGCCAGCUACGUCAUGUACCCGAAGGUCUUCGAGGACUACAAGAAGUGGACAUCGCAGUUCGGUGACCUCUCAGUCUUGCCAACGAGAUACUUCCUCAACAAGCCAGAGAUUGGCGAGGAAUUCCACGUUGAGCUCGAGAAGGGCAAGGUGCUCAUUCUGAAGCUCUUGGCGAUUGGACCACUCAGCGACCAGACUGGCCAACGUGAGGUCUUCUUCGAGGUCAACGGCGAGAUGAGACAGGUCACUGUUCAAGACAAGCACGCUGCAGUGGAGAACACUAGCCGACCAAAGGCCGACUCUGGCGACAGCAGCCAAGUCGGAGCACCAAUGAGCGGUAUGGUUGUCGAAAUCCGUGUCAAGGAUGGCGGAGAGAUCAAGAAGGGUGAUCCAAUUGCCAUUUUGUCGGCAAUGAAGAUGGAAAUGGUCAUCUCUUCGCCACACUCUGGCAAGAUUGAAGAGCUCAGCGUCAAGGAGGGUGACUCCGUUGAUAGCUCUGACCUGAUAUGCAAGAUUGCAAAAGCAUAGUCUUGCCUAUGUGAUUCUAAAUGAAGCAACGCAUUUGAUGAUGAUACCUUUACUACCAUGCGCGCUAUGGUCGGCGUUUGGUUCACGAUGUAUGCACGCAGUCUUUUUCCACAACAAUGAUCCCAGUCUCAGCCAUCACAGUACAAUUUCAUGAUUCAUACCAUCAUGGUCAUUUCCCGAGACUGCUGUCGUCGUGAUCCCGGUCCUGGCUAUAGCAACGGCUACGGCUACUGUACGGCUAUUGCGGUUGUUCGUUUAGUGAAGCUUUAAGAGCUUGCCUACCAUUUACGUAACCACGACAUGGAAAUAAGAAACGAA